UUUCUAUCAGGAAAAAUCGCAUCAUCAAUAAAUAUGUACAACAGAUUAUUUAUGACCACUAAACAACAAAUACCAAAAAAUAUUCGAAUGUUUCAGAAUUUAAACGGUAGUUAUUAUUCGAAAUUAUCAAAAAAUUCAUCAUCAUUAUUAUCGUUGAAAAAUGGAAAAUUAAUCGAAAAUAAUAAUAUAAAACUAAUGAAAUGGUUGAAUAAAACAACAAAAAUAAAAGAACAAAUCUAUGAUAAUAUGAUUGUAUUUAUAAAAUUAUUACAAAUACAAAUGAAUAUUUAUUUAUCAUUACAAUUACGUCGUAUUGCUCAAAUAUGUCAUCUAUAUCGUCGUUUAUAUUCACCUAGUGAAUUACAAAUUUUACUUGAAAAUUUAAAAUUUUUCAAAUCGAUUCGUAUGAAUGAAUUUAAUUUGAAAAAAUAUUUCAUUCAACGUAUGUUUAUAUUAAGUUCAGCUGUUUGUUGUUCAACAUUCAAUUGGAAUGAAGAACGUAUUAAUGAUGAUGAAUUUGAAGAAUUAAUCAAAGAUUUUAUUCAAAAUUAUGAACAAAAUCAAUUGGAUAAAAAUUUACAAAAUCCACAACCACAGCAGCAACAAUGUGAAUUAACGAAUGAACCUGAUGAUGAUCAAUCAUCAUCAUCAUUUAUGGCUGUAAAUUGUAUGAAAGCUACCGAUAUUAAUACAACUGUUAUUACCGAAUGGGAAGAAAUCAUUAGACGACCAAAUUUUUAUGUUUUACGUAAAUCAAUCGAUAAUAGUACACUUUAUCAAUAUAAAGUAUUCGGAUCAUUUGAUGAUAUAUCAGCAUAUUCAUUUUAUGCUGUACAAAAAGAUUUAGAUUAUCGUAAAAAAUGGGAUAAGCUUGUUAUUAAAUUAGAUAUAAUUGAUGUUGAAGAAUCAUCAUCAUCAUUAUUAGGUAAAAAUAGUCGAUCGAAUCGUAAAUUAUAUGAUUCGGGUAAUGAAUUGAUACAUUGGAUAAUGAAAUAUCCGUAUCCCAUGAUGAAUCGUGAAUAUCUUUAUAUUCGAAGAUCGAUUGUUGAUUUUCAUCGAAAUUUUAUUGUUUUAAUAUCACGUUCAGUAAGAAAUAGUUCAAAUAUUAUUGAAAGUAAUGAACAAGUUCGUGUUUAUGAUUAUAUGUCACAAAUGGUUAUUAAACCACAUAAAACAUUUGAUAAACCUGGUUUUGAAUUUAUGCUGACUUAUUUUGAUGAUCCACGUGCAUCAUUUCCAUCACCAGCAUAUGCAUGGAUGGCAGCAAGAGGUGUACCGGAUUUUGUUGAAAAAUUACAUCAAGUUGCAUUGAAAUUUGCAGAUGAAAAACCAUUGGAAAAUAUUUUACAACAUAUGAUAUGUGAUGAUGAUGAUGAUGAUUGUGGUGAUUACGACGACGACGAUGAUAAUGUCGGUGGUGAUGAUGAUGAUAAUAAUCAAUCAGUGAUGACAACAAAAGAUGUGAAUAACAGAAAAAAUUUUCUUUCCUUAUUACCUGAACCGGUUGUUGAUUUUGAUUCGCUUAUUUGGAAUUAG